AUGCCGUUGGACGAGCUGACAAAGAAAAGAAGAACGCGCGCAGCGCACAGAGGUUCAGCAACUAAGAUAGGGACGAAGAUAAAAGAAUGUUUAGCGAAUACGAGUGAAACUCCUCAGACGGGCAAGAAUGUGCUGAAACAGCUGAGAGACACGCUGAGCGAGAAACUCGAAGCCUUGAAACUUUUAGACAACGAGAUUGUCGAGAUACUAAGUAAUAGCGAAGCCGAAGACGCAGAACAACAGCUGGAAAAGGAAAUUCAGGAGACAGAUGAUACGCGAGCUGAAUUACAAAAAAAUAAUUUUCGGCGUGAAUGA